AUGUCUUCAUCUCCUGGAUCUGUCAGCUCUCAGGGUUUAAGACACUUUCCCACAGCGCUCUACAUUCAGAGCGACCGCACACAUGCAGGGGGCGUGGGCUCCAGGGCCCGACCGGGGAUCCUGCGGAGGGCCGUGUUCUCUGAGGAACAGAGACGAGAGCUGGAGAGAACCUUCUGCAAGCAGAAAUACAUCAGCAAGACUGACCGCAACACACUGGCCAAUGACCUCUGUCUGAAGGAGACGCAGGUGAAGAUCUGGUUCCAGAACCGCAGGAUGAAGUGGAGGAACUCCAGAGAGAAGGAGAGCACACACACACGACCGCCAAUGGAGCGACUGAUGCUCUGGAGUGAAUCUGAACCAGCGGACCAAACACACACACACACACACACCGGUGCACAGCACAAACACAGAGACCAGAUGACACAUCAGAGGAGAGAACAGACUCUUGACGCUAAACUGCUGGGACAUAUUCUUACCGAACACCUGGAAAUAUCUGGAAAUUUUACAGGCCUUGAAAUGUCUUAAGAAGUGCUGGAAAAGAAACUUUUAGCAAAACU